AUGAAAACAACAUAUGCUGAUAAAAGUGAAUCAGUAAUCGCUUUUGAACCAUCUUAUAUCAGCAUUAUAGUUGGUGAAAGUGAUUCAGUUAAUGUUCGUCUUCUUAUCCCAGAUAUAAUUCCACCUGAUGUUUUCAUUGAAUUUCUUUAUAAUAAUAAAACUGAAGAUACUCAAGGUUAUAUUGAUAUUUUACCAAAUGUAACAUUUACUCAACAAGCUGGUAUUGAUCAAAGUCGAGUAAUUAUAAUAAAUGGUCGUCGUCAUGGACAUCUUGUUGUAACAGCUCAAUCACCACAAGUUAAUAUAUCAUCUAUAUAUGAUUUUCUUCUUAUUGAUAUAGCACGUAGUAAAACAUUAAAUAUUUUAAUACAAAUUGUUGGUUGGAUUUAUUUUGUUGCAUGGUCAAUAUCAUUUUAUCCUCAAAUAAUAUUAAAUUUUCGUCGUCAAAGUGUUGUUGGACUUAAUUUUGAUUUUUUAGCAUUAAAUCUUCUUGGUCAUUCAUGUUAUUCAAUAUUUAAUUUAUGUUUAUAUACAUCACAUGAUAUUCAACAACAAUAUUAUGCUAAACAUCCACAUGGAGUUUUACCUGUAUUACUUAAUGAUGUUUUAUUCAGUGUUCAUGCUGUAUUUGCAUGUUUAAUAACUGUUGUUCAAUGUGUAUUUUUUGAACGUGGUAAACAACGUAUAUCAUAUACUGCACGUAUUAUUGGUAGUAUAUUAAUUAUUUUUUUAUUUAUAUCAACAAUAAUUUCAUUGACAAAUCAUUUAUCAACAUUAAAUUUACUUUAUUUUUAUUCUUAUGUUAAAUUAGUUAUAACAAUAAUAAAAUAUGUUCCACAAGCAUGGAUGAAUUAUAGACGAAAAUCUACUGAAGGUUGGUCAAUUGGAAAUAUUUUACUUGAUUUUACUGGUGGUAUAUUAAGUGUAUUACAAAUGUUUUUUCUUGCAACAAAUUAUAAUGAUUGGUCAUCUAUAUUUGGUUCACCAACAAAAUUUGCAUUGGGAUUUUUUUCGGUUUUAUUUGAUGUACUUUUUAUUGUUCAACAUUAUAUACUCUAUCGAACUAAUGAACAUACUACAAUGCAAACUAAUCUUUCGACCAAUGAUGAAGAUGAAAAUACACCUAUUUUACCUCAACAACCUUAA